CGAUGGUGUGAAAAGUUGUUUUCAUAAUUUUUGUGUCUUUCAAACAAUUCAUGUCAUUUUGCUACGAAAUACAGUUUUUGGCGCAAUUACCGGAAUUUUUGCAGUUAAGGAAGUAUGAUUUUCCUUUUCAUCGCUCUACAAAUGGUUAUACCAUGGACAGCAGUACGAGGUAGUGUGUUGCCAGAAAAAAUGUUCUUUCUACAAAAUACUUCCAGUGAAGACAAUGCAACCCUUCUUGUAGUCACGUGGUCUGAUGGAGAUGGUGAAGCGGAAGAAGGAUGUGAGGUCUUCAGGGAUCAGGAACUCAUCAGUGAAGUCCUGAAAUCAGCCGAUGACAAACUCAUUCAUCAGUUCCCAGAAAACGAAACGAAGGUCCUUCUCGAAGAAUGCAUCGAAUUUUCGUUGCGCAAAAAACGCAGAAAAAGGCAAACUACAGACACUUCGUCAGGUGACCACAGAAGAGGGUGGUUGUUUCAGAAAAACAACCCAACAACAGUGGCACCAGAAACAAAGGCCACUUCACGUAGUGGAUGGUUGUCCCGGAGGAGCAAUCCGACAACAGAAACACCAGACGAAGAUUCUGGCAAUCGUAAUGGGCGAACUAGACGGCACAAGCACAGAAGAGGAAAGCAUAAUGGGAAUUUAGAAGAGACUUCUAGUGUUCGAAGUGAUACUACAUCAGUGUCUGAACUACAGAAUGAGACGACAACUGAAAUCCCCACAACCGUAACUUCCCACAGUUGGCCUGUAAUCUGGUUGGGGACUAAGUGGUGUGGGAACGGAGCUAUUGCCAAGAGUUAUGACGACUUAGGUCACCAUGAAGACACCGAUAAGUGCUGCAGAGCCCACGAUCUCUGCGAUGACAUUCUAUUACCGGGACAGAGCAAGCAUAACCUCACCAAUGAUUCAAUUUUUACGAAGUUAGCUUGCAAGUGUGACGAUGAAUUCUACAACUGCCUCGCCAAUGUGAACUCGGUCACUGCAAAUGCAAUCGGGAACCUUUUCUUCAACGUUCUAUCGAGGGAAUGCUACGACUUAGAUUAUCCUCCCACGACUCAAUGCAGGAGCUACAGAUCGUUUUUCAAAAUCAAGUGCGACGAAUAUGAGAGAAACACCAGUGCGCCUAAAGUGUAUCAGUGGAUUCCGGCGAGAAAAUACAAAGCAAUUCCGAUCCCUGGACCUCUGAGCAUCACACUGCCGUCAAUUUAAAACGUAGAGCUGGACUCAUCUAUGUGCCUCAAAUACAUAUUGUUGCGUCAUUUCAUAUCUUUGAAUAAA